AUGGCAACACGUAAAGUUCGCUACAAGAAACUCAACGUGAAAACACCGCUGCCUGUUCUUCUAUUUUCCGAAAUCGAUUCAAGCGAAUAUGAAGCCCUCAAGAAUGAACAGAUCCAGACCGGCGUCGAGUCUGCUGAGGAAAAUGAGUACCAUCUUCAGGCUGUCCUGUCUACAACAGGUGUUGCUGCGGACAAGGAGAUCCCUGUUACUCAAACGCAGGAAAGCAACAUCAACUAUGAUGAGCUGUAUCCCGCCAAGUUUGUCGAACCGACAAACUAUAUUCGCUUCUCGCAAACUGUUGAGGAAUGCAUAGGUUGUCCGUAUGAUAUGACAGAGGAGGAUGAAGCGUUUCUUGCAAAGUAUAACAAGGAUCUGGCUGCUGGUACUCCCGCGCUGUCCGAAGAUGACUUUGAGAAAAUCAUGUUUGUGUUUGAGGAUACUGCGUCAGUCCAGGCGCCUUAUGCGGCCGUCGACAACACAGUCGUAUCCUACGACCACAUGGUGCCGCCGCUGACGGAAUUGGAACUUCCAAAACUGAUGCUGCACGCCAAAGCCAUCUAUGAGCACUGGAAGACACAACGGCAGGCGAAAAAGGGACCGCUUCACCCCACACUGAAAUUUGAGACUCACCAGGAGAGCGAUGAUCUGGACCCAUUCGUCUGUUUUAGAAGGCGAGAGGUUCGGCAGACUCGCAAGACUCGAGCUCGCGAUACACAGAUCGCAGACAAACUGAAGCGUUUGCGACGCGAGCUCGAGGAGGGCCGCGAGCUCAUCGCUUUGGCUCAUGGUCGUGAAGUAAUGAAGCGUGAAAUGCUGCAUGUUGAUCGAGCCAUCUUUGAGCAAAGAUGCAAUCUCAAGAAGGUCAAAAUCAAGCUCAGUAUCAAAACCGAUGAUGAGGAUCUUUACAACACAAAGCCUCAGAGGAAAAAGCCAGCAGAGGCACAACCCGUGCAACAGAGGGCUGCUGCUGGACCUGCACGCGUCGCCCCUCGUAGCGAUGCCCGUGCGUCUGACGUAGACCUUGGGUUGUUAUCAGAACUCAAGGCCCAACGAGAAGAGGAGAUGCGAGUGGACAUCGAAACUAAGAUUGAAAACCACAAGAAGUGGAACGAGAAGUAUGUGGACCUCACCAACUCAUCUUUAGCCGACAAUAAGCCCGAAACCGAGCAAGAGCCCGAACCUGCGAAGUGGCGGCCGGUCAAGGUGCAGUAUUUGAUGACGCCGCCGAAUAGUGCGUCGGCGGAGGAUUUAGAAGAGCCUACGCCCAUGGAACUGGACGCGCCAGAGCCUGCGCCUAUUCGUCGAUUCCAUGGACUGUCAGCGGAUGACGAUGAUUACUCACCAGAUCCAAUGGAGUACCGUCGUCGCGUCGGUCGUCUCAACAGGCUCUGGGUGGACAGACGGCCAAUCAAGAGGCAACUAGUUGAUGUUGUUCCAACGCGUUUCCCGGUCGCUAGUGAUCGAUGGAAGUAUGACUGUGACUCGAGCGAUGACGAAGACCCCGUGUAUGAGGUUGACCCUUUCGAUCUUCGUGCGCUCAAGUUCCGCGCUACCAUACCGUUGGGGUCAGCAGCACCGCGGCGUCUUGAGGCAUCUGCAGCGGCGCCAGUCACCAAUGGGACCGCACGGCCAGCAUUGCCAUGGUCCGGAGGUGGCCAGCCACCGUCCCAGCAACCACAGCAGCAGCAAUCACAGCAGCAGCAGCAGCAGCCCCAGCAACAACAACAACCACAACCGCAGGUGCAGCCGUCCGCCUGA